ACGCCGCACGUUUUACUUCUGAUAGCUGUAUUUAAUUUUGUUAGCUGUAUUUAAUUGUGAAUAGUACCAUUAACAUAUUGCUGUAGUGCAAUGAAACAACCAUUAGCGAAAAAGUCAGCCCAUAAAGCGGAUGUGGAAGUGUCUGCCAAACGUGUGAACGUGCCGGCCGAACUACAGCAAAAAGCCAAUGCCUUCCUAAAUUCCAGCAAUGUCGAUACAAAAGUGCUGCGCGAAAUUGUUUACCUCUUGGAAGAACCUGAGUGCAAUGCCAUUGGGGUAAUGCACGUGCUUGAGGUUAUCUUUAAGAAUCUUCUAAAGCGCAAAUGCAUUUUAUCCGCCGAAAAGCAACAGGAUAAGACAAAGUCCAAGGGAAAGGCUAACCAGCCCAAUGCCAAAUGUCAAACACUCUAUAACAAAGCGUGGUCCUUUAUGCUGGUUAGAUUGGGCAGCGCCUCCAAGGAGGAAUCUGGCGUUGCGCUCAAAGUGUGCAUGCAGCUUAUAUCCAGCGAAUCAAAGUAUAUUUACUCCAAUGCCUGGCCCAGUGAUCGCCUGCGCAGUGUGCUAGAGACGCUGGUCAAUUCGGAGACAACGCCACCAACGGCUGUGGCGGCAUUCCAGAAAUAUGCCCGUUGCCUGGACGUGCUGCAGAUGACAUAUCAAUUGUUGCCGGAACUGGCACCAAACAGUUUUGCGGACUCACCAAAUAUCGCACUCAACUAUUUGGCAAUCAUCAAUUUGCUUGACUUGGGAAAGACUGUGCUGAAUGCCAAGGAGUAUCACAUUGGCCCAGGCACUGACAAACAUCCGAACUUUGAAUACAACCAAACACGCAAACAUUUGAAUGCGGUUUGGAAGGGCAUAAUUGCAUCGUGUAGUGGCGUGGAUGAGAAGGUACAUCGACAGGUGCUUGUUGUGCUUUUGGAACGUAUACUGCCGCAUUUGCAGGAUCCCAUAUUGUUAACAGAUUUUCUGAUGGAUUCACUGCAUCAGUUUGAUGGACCUAUUGCCCUGCUUGCUCUCCAAGGAAUCUUUACGCUGAUGCAACAGCAGAAUAUUACGUAUCCAGAUGUCUAUCAGAAGCUCUAUAAUAUGUUCUAUCCACGAAUGUUCUACAACAAGUACAAAGCUCGCCUCUUUUAUCUGGCCGAUAUAUUUUUAACCUCAACGCAUUUGCCGGAAAAUCUGGUGGCCGCUUUCGUUAAGCGUUUGGCCAGACUCGCACUGAAAAGUCCAACAGAGGAUGCUAUUAUAAUGAUACGGUUCAUAUGCAAUCUACUGCUGCGGCACACAGGCUUGCAGCGUCUCAUUUGUGCAACGGGUGCCGAAAGCGGUAAACAAUAUGAAAAUAUGUUAAAACGUGCAGGAUGUCAUUUAGAUUGUAUUGCAUUUGCAGCUGUGGAGAUAUCCGAUCCCUACGAUGAAACGGAACUGGAUCCGGUCAAAGCGGGCGCCCUAAAAAGCUCCCUCUGGGAGAUGUCAUUGCUGCAGAAGCACGCGGUGCCCGAAGUGGCCAAUGCUGCACGUUUUGUAUCCAAAAGUUUGCCCGUAGUUGAAUUUGAUCUAUCUUCGCUGCUGGAAAUGAAGGAAUGUGACAUAUUUGACGAUGGGGUGAAAAAGGAAGUGAAUCACUUUACGCUGGGCUACGAGCGGCCAUCAAAUUUUGCUCUGCCACAAAAUGAUAUUGUUACCAAAUACUGGGAUAUAAUUUAGAGUAAAACAAAAUAUAUAUAAUUAAAUUAAUAUAAUAAA